UUUGUACACAGGCAUGAUAUGGAAGAGCCGAUGUAUUUCAUACUGGUGAAGUAAAACACACGUUUGGCUCUACAAGGGGCUUGGCUGUGCCAAUGCCAGUUGGAAACACAAGACUCUCAUUUUGCAGCUCCCUCUGCCGUGAAAACUUUUGUAAUUUGAAUGAAUGCCGUUCAGGUAACAUCAAUAAUACGUUGAGAUGUUUAUCGUGUGGUUUGGUUGAUAAUCCAAAUGAUUGCAAAGUUGUCAAGGAAUGUCUUGAAGGAGAGAUAUGCCUAGCUGAAAAGAUAGAAACGUUUGGAAAAUCAAAAUACCGUCUUGGCUGUGUGAGACAUCAGGAUUGCAGUUUAAGAAGGAUAAGCACUUCACAAAUAAUAGGCAAGAGAACUGCAGUGCAAAAUUGUUCGGUUUGUUGCAAGACUGAUUAUUGUAAUUUAGACGCAUGUAGUGCAAAUAUGUCAGGUACUCAGAUUCUUCAACUUAAUCCAGUAUCACCUAAUGCAGUAUGUGAAGAUGACGAUCCAAAACUAUGUGCAACACUAGGCAGGUUUAAUGCAGACGCAUGCAGCGAUCCCUAUGUUGUUGAAAAAUGUCCGAAGUCAUGCGUGGCAUGCGAGAGACAGAGAGAGGAAGCUGGCUUAUUAGCAACACUGUUCAGUCUUGAGAGUCAUCAUCAGAUCAUGUCAAGUUUUAAUACAUGACCUAGUCAUGAUAAUGCAUAAAGAAUCAAACAUUUUGAUUUGACAGGCUGGGUAAUUGGGUGGAUAUGUUAUUCCAAAAGUGAUUGCGGUUGAUAAAAUUUCGAUCUAACUUGAACUUCCUUUGGCAAUUCUCGUUUAAUCUUUCUAUUUUAUAAACCACAUAUCAAGUUGAUUCCUUAGUGCAUUUAAAAGUACGCAAUUUUUCUUUUUAAUGAAAGGUAAAAUUCAAAGAAUUAUAUAUGUUGUUGUUAAUAUCUUUAAUCUAAGAAAACAAUUGAUAUUUUCUAAUCUAAAUAAACAUUAAAUUAUUCCUAUUCUAUGUAAAGCAAAGAAACCAGUGUUGUUAAAAGCAUUUUAGAUUCACUUGAUGCCGGAGUUGUCAAUGUUCUUUGCACAGUAAGUAACGUUUUAUAAUGCCGUUAAAUACAUAAUAUUUUCUACUUGUGUGUAUUGCCUCUUGUACAGUUUUUCCUUGAAUUAUUGUUUCAUUGUUGAAUUUUGCAAAUGUCUUUGUCCCUUUCCAUCUAGCAGUUUUUGCAAUUGUUGGUAGAGGCACGCCUCGUAUUCUUGCUGUUGAUGUUGAAGCCGCUCUGAUUUAUGUGGUCCAUAUUAACUAUUUAUUCCGGCUUUGAUUAAAAUAUGUUUCCUGUUCGAUGUGAUACUGCUUUGUGUGGUUCUUGAGUGCCGAUCGGUAAUUUUGCCUCAGUGUGUCGUAAAAGUUUUGUCUUGCCAAUGUAUUCUUCUAAAAUUCUUACAAUACAAAUCGAAGGAUUGGCUUUAUACCUUUGAAGUAUAAUGUUUUAAUGGUGAUUGACAGGUUUUGUUUGUUUCAAUAUAGUGAAUAUUGACACAGUCCCCUUGAAAUUCAUUUUCAUUUAGAUCUAUGGUUUGACAUCUGUGUGCUGAAAAAAAGUAAAUUAAUGACAGGUUAUUUACAUGAUAAUUGAAAGAGUUCUGUAAAUUUUCAAUGUAUAUGAAGACAAUGUCCAUUUCCUAUAUUGAGUUGCAUUUUGGCGGACAAGGUCUUUCUGGAAAAUGCCGGUCAUGGAUCUUUUAUUACAUUGUUGUUACUGAAAUCUAAGUUGCUGCAUAUUUUUCGUCCUUUUAUGUAUAUUCAUCUUUUCUAAAGGUUUAAAGUAAAAAGGCCUCUGCACUGGACUCUAUUAUCUUUCCUCUCAGCUUUGACAAAUUUACGUAUUGUAACAAACUACUUAGCAAAGAAAAGAAGACAAAGUUGGAUCAGCUCUGCUUGUCUUUCGGGGGUUAGUUUAAUAGACAUUGCUUAUAUAGAGGCAAAUACUUGUUCUAUAACUUCCGUUUAAGAUUCUUGGCGAAGUGGUAAGCCCCAUAACAAAACAUGUGAAUUGAAAAUUUUGGUUUUCGUGAAUCAAUCUAAAAAACUUGGAAUUAAAUUGGAAUUAGUUACAUGGUUCUGAAAGAUCUACAGCAUGAAUAAAGAAAUGAUAUUUCAUUUUCUUGCCUAAUGUAUUUAUUGUAUGUAGUCAACACAUAGAGAGCCAACAAAAAUACGUACCAUUCCGUUCUUGUCAAAAUAUUUUGACGUUCGAAGCUAGAUUCUAAGAUAUUUUUCGUUCUGAUUCAAAAUCUGGGAGAUAUUGCCCAGAUUGGGCCAUACGAAAUAUAUCACAAUAACUAAAUGUGUAGUACAAUUAUUUGGACUAAAUGCGCUUAAUUAGUGCAUCAAUCGGCAAAAAUAAGUAGCUACUUGCGUAAUUGAAAACAGUACAUCUGUCAAUGUUCUUAUUCUUUACGUUCUUUACUACGUUAACUGCUUUACAAAGUUUCUUUUGAAACGGACUUUAAAUGACCUAAUAUAUUAUAGGAAUAAUGCAAUUAAACUCUCAUAGAAUUAAACUCAACCGGAAAAAGCAUUUAUUGAGUUUUGUUUCAUUUAAUGCAAGUUUUAGAAAGAAAACAAAAUUAACUCUUAUUGAGACAACAUUCUCUACUUAGAAAUGGCAUGCAUCAAAAAUUAUUACAACUGUGUUUAUCCUGCAAAAGCCUAAAGACUGAUACUCAGUUUGUAGAUUG